AUGCCAAAUAUCAUAGGCAUGAUAUUUGGCCUCGAAAAAUGUGCAGUGGUAAAUGUGAGGCGUGGCAGACUGGCUGAGGGGGAGAAUGUUGAACUGUCGGACGGUCGGACAGUGCCAAUACUGGGACAGGAAGAAAGAUACAAGUACUUGGGUAUUCAGCAAACAUUCGAGAUCAGACAGCAGGAAAAUAAGAUGGAAACAGAGAGGGAGCUCAUAAGGAGAGUCCGCCGCAUCAUGAACACCCAAUUGUCGGCAAAAAACAAAAUGGAGGCCAUCAACAUCUGGGCUGUGCCAGUGUUCGCGUAUACUGCUGGAAUUCUCAUCUGGUCGAAAUCAGAUCUUGAGAAACUAGACAGAAAGAUCAGAUCAAUCCUCACGCAAUAUGGUACGCUUCACCCGAAUUCCGCUAUUGAAAGGCUCUAUCUGCCACGUAAAGAAGGAGGUCGAGGACUAAGUAAUUUGCAGGACAUAUACCUGAAAGAAGAGAAGAAGAUUAAGAACUACUUCCAGACAGGAAUCACACCAAUCCAAAAAUGGGUGGCUUCACAACGCUACCCCUCCUCGGGAGAAACCAGCACGCAUGAACCUGAAAUCGAAGACUUCAAGGAGAUAUUGAAGCAAAACUGGCAGACAAAACCUCUGCACGGAAGAUUCUUCGCAAGCCUGAACCAGUCUGAUGUAGAUAAGCUGAGCUCGAGUACUUACCUGACGCAAGGUUACCUUUUUCCCCAAACAGAAGGAACAUUCCUGGCGAUUCAGGAUCAAGUCGUGCCAACACGAGUCUACACUAAGCAUAUUAUGAAACAACAGGUACAAACAACAAAAUGUAGACUCUGCGAUAAAGCCGAGGAAACUGUGCAGCACUUGUCAUCUGGAUGCUCCACAAUAGCCGGCACCAAAUACCUUGGACGCCAUGACAAUAUGGGGAAGGUCGUGCAUCAGUCGCUGUGCCUGAGGGAGCAACUACUCCCACAUUUCAUCCCACACCACAUAUACGCACCGCAGACUAUCCUGGAAAACGAAACCACCAAAGUCUACUGGGAUUUAAGCAUUAUCACCGAUCGAGGAGUAGAGCACAACAGACCGGAUAUGGUGGUGUGGUCAAAGAAGGAUAAGAAGGCAUAUAUCAUAGAUUUUGCUGUGCCUCUAGAUCAAAACCUUUCCAAGGCAUACGGAGAAAAAAUCGCAAAAUACGAGCCAUUAGCGAAAGAGAUAAAGAAUAUGUGGCGCCUGGAAAAGGUGGAAAUUAAACCAUUGAUCAUAAGCUGCAAUGGGUUGGUGCACAGAAAAACAACAGAACAUGUCAAGGAAAUACAAUUACCAGCCAACACAAUUCUUUGGAUGCAAAAAGCGGUGAUCCUGGGGACGGUUGGGAUCAUCAGACAAGCAAUAUAUCCCCAUUGA